AUGCAUCCUAACAUAGUCGCCUGGAUGGGAACACUGGGGUUCCUGAUGUGGGCGCUGCUCUGCCUGGGUCCUCUGACGGAAGGAUACCCCGUAAAACCCGAAAACCCCGGCGAGGACGCACCCGCCGAAGAACUGGCCAAGUAUUACUCCGCCCUGCGACACUACAUCAACCUCAUCACAAGACAGAGGUAUGGGAAGAGAGCCAGUCCUGAGACUUUGGACAGACUGAUCUCAGAUCUGCAACUGAAGGAGAACGCAAACACCCUUCCACAGUCCAGAUAUGAUCCGUCGUUGUGGUGA